UAAGCAGACUUGCAGACUAGUUCAGGACCCCAGUUGCAGAUGGAUUGUCACAUCGUCGCCCCAAAACGAGGUUUUAAAUAUCUUGGGAACUUUCGAAAAUCCGUAAAUUGAUAGCUGCUCGGUUGGGUUCACAAACAAAUUUUCAAGCCUAAUUGGGAGGACUUAAUGCUAAUGGCGUGAUUGAAAUGUUGGUUAUUGAUUUUAAAAAAUAUAAAGAAUAUGAAGCCACAAUAAAUAUGGAACUCGCAACCGACCAACCUGGUGAGAAUCUCCCAUUCUCCAACCUCUUAAUCGCUCCCCCUCUCUCGCCUACCUAGUUUCAUCCUCUUUUCUUGUCUCAGAGGAAGCGAGGUGAUCCGCUGGGGCGUGCGUAAAAUCGUAGCCUUCAGGGAUUCUGAUUCACUAUGAAAAAAAUAGUAAGUGAAGAGGAUAUAAAUAUUAACAAGGAGCAGGGAAGAACAUGUCGUGUCCAAAACAGAUGUGGUGUUAUUAAAUUGUCAAAUUUUUUAAAAAAUCUAAAGCCAAAACAAAGAGCUUCACUUGAAGGUACUGCCUUUGCCCCAUUGCUGUCCUUACCUAAGCUCAUGGUUUCUCAAAGUUUAAUGUACGAUCUUCUUCAAAGAUGGUGUGUUGAGAAAAAAACAUUUCAACUUGGUGGCAAAUAUGUGGAGUUUUCUUUGAGCGAUAUUGCUCUUAUAUUGGGUUUAAGAGUUGUGGAUGCUGGGGGCACAAGUCUUGCGCAGAAAAGCAAAAAAUAUGACAUUCUAAAAAGGAUAUUUGAGGGGAAAAAGAUCAUUAAACAGCGUGAUGUUGAAGCUGCACUCAGGAAAUACCACGGUGAUGAUCAUUUAGAGGAACACACUAGGUUAGCUUUAGUUUAUAUUAUGAUGACGUUGUUAUUCCCUAAUAGCGGCACAAGUAUAAAAUCAAGUUAUGUUGCCUUGGUAAAAGAUCUUAGCAAGUUCAACAGCAUGGCAUGGGGAAAAUUUGUGCAUGAAAAAUUGGUUGAGUCACUCUGUCAUGCUUCUGUGCAACUGAAAAGGGACUGUACAGUUGAGGAGUCCUCUAGAGUACUUUGUCGAAGGAGUUCAAGUGAAACUGGCAGACAAAAAUCGGUCAUUUUGCAAGGGUGUACGGUUGCAAUCCAGAUCUGGGCCUUUGAACACAUUCCAUCACUACAGCCUCAAUCAUCACUUACAAGCUUCCCUCGCAUCCUAAGAUAUAGUUGGGUAGCCCAUUCUUAUAAAAAUAAAGAUGUUGGUGCUCUCACAUUGAAGACCUUGGAUUUGGAUGAUGUUAUAAAGGUUCUGCAUCCAACCCCGAUUGAGUUGAACGAGCCCGUAAUUAGGGAGGUCCUUGACAUGAAAAAUGGAUCUAGUUCAGUAUCUUGUCUGAUGAUAGAUGAUGAACAUGAUAGAGGUACUUCCAUAGAAGAUAAGAAGGUGUGGAGUUUAGGUCGAUAUAGGUGGUUGACUAGUGACAUCAUGGAGGAGUACAUAGAUAUAUUGCGGAGACGGAAUUAUUCCUUGCAUAAAGAUCAAAACCAUUUGAGAUGCAUCUUCCUUAGUGUCUACUUUAUGGUACAACUUUGUUAUCAAGCUCAAGUUCUAUUUCUUAUUAAAUUAAGUCUCUUUUUUGCCUUGCAGCAAAUGGUUAAACUAAGAUUAGAUGGGGCUCGUGCACACUUAGAGACAAAAAAUGCUGGCUAUUCAUUUGAGAACUGUGAUAAGAUUUUCAUUCCAGGUCAUUGGGAUGAGAACCACUGGGUUCUUUAUGUAGUCAACAUGAAAGAAAGAAGGCUUGAGUUCUAUAAUUCAUUAAAUACUACACAUCAUUGCAACAAUGAUAUCGAUGAUUUGGUUGCUUUUUUCGGAAAAAAUUUUUUCAGCAUGUAUGAUUGGAAAUACAAACAUUUUGUGGACACUCCACAACAAGGAAAUGGGCAUGACUGUGGGUUCUUUGUCCUAAAGUACAUCGAGUGCUUAUCUGAAGGCGAAAAUCUUAAUUUCGGCCAGAAUGAUAUAUCCAGAUUCAGGAAACAGGUGCUAGCAGAUAUUCGUGCAAAUGUAAAGUAGGGUGGUUAAUUGGAUUGGCUCCAUGUGCAUAUCUGUUUAGCAAGCUGCUCUGCCAACCAUGAAGCACAGGUGGAAUUUGCACGAAAAUUACCCCUACACUGAUAUGGUGGAAGCUAAAAUGAGCGGAUAAUGCAAAUUGGCUUAGUACUUUGGGGCUGCUUAUCCAACUAAUCGGAUCAACUUGAAGGGUGUACAUGUUAGUGUGAAACAAGAGGGCCAAUAAAGGUACAGGCUAAUGGGGUUGUCAAUUGUGAGAAAUUUGCAAUGCAACUUCUGAAGCUAUGCUUUGCUUGCGUUUGACAGUUGUAUCUCUUUGAAUGUACUACUAUUAAUUCGUUGAAGGAGAAUUCAUCAUAGUUGCAUCUUGUUGAAUAUACCACUAUAAUUUUGCAGAACUUUGUACUUCUGUAUUUAUUCUACCUGUUCAAAGCAAUACACAAGCGGGAACCGUUCAUAUUUCUUGAACA